UGUUUGUUGUGGAUGGUUUUUCCUCGGCUUUUUUAUGAUUUUUAAAGUAAUUACUGCAGUUUGAGGAUUUCUUCUAAACAACCAUGAACGUAGCGUAUGGUGAUGUCUUUGCCGGUGUCGCAGUAUGAGGCCUUGCUGGCUGAGGUUCGCGACCUGAGGCGGAAGGCCCAGCGCGUCCAGCAGCUCGCCAGGCCCCUCUUGCAAGGAGACCCGUCGGCACCGCCGCCGCCUCCCCCGCCGGGCGUCUUCUCCAGGAUCCCCAGACCCCGAUCGCCGCCCCAGAUAUCGUUUCCGCGACCACCGCCGCACGAGAAUGAUGGCACAUGCGAACCAUUAGACUAUACCAUGGAAUCUCUUCUCUUAGGCCGACAGCAUGGUACCGCUAGUGGAUCGACGAAUCCUUGCCUUGAGCAACAUUUCGCGGAAUGA